AUGAAGGCUCCCACAUUAUUCAGGACAAUUUUUAGAGGUAUCCGAACAAACCUCCCCAAAACCAAUCAUCACAUCUAUGACUUCGAAAAAGUAGACCCAGAUAAUCCCAAACAAUUAAAAGUUGACGAAGUCUUUGUGGAGCCAAAUAAAACAAGGUUCAAGAGCAAGACGAUUGCUUUUUGGCUCUACUUAGUAUCUGGCUGGCUAAUUUAUUAUGGCACAAGAGUUGCAUAUGACUAUGAUUGGGACAGAUAUUAUCAUGUUUACCAUCCUGGCCUUAUGGAAUAUUAUGACAUUCUUACACAUUACUAUAUAAUUAAAUAUGGCGUCUCAACUUGAGUCUGGCCUUUCGGCCAGACAGUUUCGAACCCUAUUUAAUUAUAUCCGGCAAGGUUUUGCCUAGCUAGAGAUGGACAGCAAUAUCAGGUAAGCAAUUCUGGCAGUGUACAGAGCCUGAUCCUAGUCCGUUCUCAGGUUAGGAUUUUACCUCGAAGGAAAAGGAGGCUUGGAGUUGGAAAGGAGAAGCCCAGCAGUGCCUACAGGUAAUUCCUAGGCCAUUCGGGCAAGUCUCUAGCGAGAAACCGGGAGUUUCGCCCCGGGCUACAAGUUUUUCCUUUUUUGCCGAAAGUCGGCCAGAAAUUCCAUUUUUUGGAAUUUCCUAGCAGGCAACCUUCGUACAGAGAAAGCAGCUCAUUCAUGAGCUGUCGAAGCCGGAACAUCGCGCAGGAGGCGCACGUUGGAGAUCAAAGCUAGCUGUCCCAGCAACUAGUGGGCCCCCGAGCGACGAGAGCGUGGUGGUAGUCCUGGAAGAGCAACCCCGUAGGAGACGUUAAACGUCAUGGUUAAUAAGUUAAGUUAAGUUAAGUUACACAUUACUAUACUAAAAAAAUUAAGUAUUUGCAGGAUAAUUUACCUGAUAUUUUAGCUAAAUAUUUGCCAGAUACCCCACAGCUCCCUACAAUAAGGAGAACAAGAGACUUGACUCGCGGAACAGUUGACAAAAUGGUCGAAAGUGAAGGCAAACUUGGAGAAAGGAUCUCAGAAAUGUUUGAGGAGAAGCCAAAAUAG